AUGGAUAAGGGGUUUAAGGAACUGAUGGAAAGACUUGCAUCAUAUGAUAAAUUUGGUUUGAAGGAAUAUAAAGAAACGUUUAUGUGGCUUUCAGAGAAAUCAGGAGUGAACGGGUGGAAAUCGCACAUCCCCGGUGAAGAAGUGCAGGAGAUGAAGAAAUAUGUUUCUAUUCUGAACGCUAUGACUCCAUUGCAAUUAGCCAAACCGCACACAAUCAAAGCACCAGAUCGAGUCAAGCUGGCUACAGAUACGCAACUCACUGUGGAGUAUGUUAACAAGGUACUUCGUAUGUUUGAUCAACAGCUGGUGAUUUAUAAGUGGGUUCAUAUGCGAAAGGAGGGAAAUAAGCCGAUCCCCACCACAAUGAAUGAAAUGAGAGAUAUGAUGAGUCGCGAUCAUUCGGGGAUUACCGUGAAGGAUAUGAUGAAACUGAAUCCUCAGCAAAGCAAAUAUAAGAAUAAUCGGGCGAAAGUGCGAAUGUGA